AUGGUAAUUAUAUUAACCGCCGGCAUCAGUUCAUCAUCCUCCGACACCACUCCGACGCCGGCGGCAGCCGGCGGCCGGUGCUUCACCUCCAUUUUCAGCUUCGGCGACUCCAUCACCGACACCGGGAACCACUGCCACAUUCUGUCCAAGGCCGGGAGGUCGGCCAACAACUGCCUUCUUCCCUACGGAGAGACCUUUUUCCACCGCCCCACCGGCCGGAGCUCCGACGGCCGUCUCAUCAUUGAUUUUAUCGCUGAGCAUUUGGGGAUCCCAUUGGUACAGCCAUAUUUUGGAGGAGGGAGCACGGUGGAUUUCGACGGCGGAGUGAACUUCGCGGUGGGAACCGCCACCGCGCUGGACAGUGAUUUCUUAGAGAGAAGAGCAGGAGUUAAGGUAACCGGCACAAACGUUUCUUUGAAUGUUCAGUUGGAUCACUUCAGGCGACUGAUUCCGUCGCUAUGCCGCCGUGGCACCGAUGACUGCAAUAACCUCUUCAGAAACUCACUGUUCAUACUGGGAGAGAUUGGAGGAAAUGACUACAACUUUGCCCUCUCCGACGGCCAUAGCCUGAAACAAGUUCAAGACCUAGUGCCUCUUGUUGUUGGUUCCAUAAUUUCAGCCCUCAAGGAAAUCAUCGAACUCGGCGCAGUCAACAUUUUAGUGCCUGGAAAUUUUCCAAUGGGUUGCUUGCCCUUCUUACUAAACAAAUUUCCCAGUACAAAUGCAGGAGAUUUCGAUCCUUCCACCGGUUGCCUUACUUGGGUCAACGAAUUUGUUGAGUACCACAACGAUCUUCUCCAAACAGAACUCGAUCGCAUAAGAGAACUUCACCCGGCCGAUAUGAACAUCAUCUAUGUGGAUUAUUACAAUGCUCUCUUACGCAUAUAUCAAGCACCUAAACAAUUCGGAUUUAGUGGGGAACCUCUGGCAGCAUGUUGUGAAGGAGAAGGAUCUGUGCAAUGUGGGAGCCCAUCAGUAAGGCCUUGUGAAGAUCCUUCAGCAUAUGUCAACUGGGAUGGGAUUCACUUCACAGAAGCAACUUACAGAGUAAUUGCCAAGUCAAUACUGGAAGAAGGUCUCUUCACCAAUCCUCAAUUUAGUGCCUCCUCCUGUAUUGCUGGGAAUUCAGGGAAAGCCUUCCCCAAUUCCUUCUAAGAACAUGAUCUUGUUUAUAGUACCUUUGCUGGUAUCUGUAGCUCUAUGGUUCGAUCUCUCUCGUACGGUUUCACGAUU